CGCUGGCCGAUCGCUGCUCUCGCGUCGCAUUCCACUUGUGUAGAAUGACAGCGUGCUGAGUCUUGGCGUCUUUCGUUGCAAGACCACAAGUUGGCCAACUCUCUCUUGUGAGAGCAGUUCAUUCAUCUGCGGCUAUUAUACGACAGCCCAAACGGCGACCCAUCCAGCGGCACGUUGCUGGGACACCUGCGACGGCAACGAAGUGACAACUGUGGCACAGUCGCGGAAUUAGUGUGUUGCUCGUGUCCACUGUUGAGUCGCGCGUUGUGUGGGAAGACACGCGUGUGCGCUUGAAGGCUUCGAAGGAACCGACUUGCAGAUAGGACGUGGCUGGCGUACGUCGCUCAGCCCUCCGAGGGUUGCUGAGCAGGAAAGCGUAGAUUUCUGUGCGACACGGCGACCGGCAGCAUCAUAGAUCCCGGCGAAACGCUAGACCUGUCGCCGGCCAGCGGGACGGCCAGCAUUGGUGGCCGCAAGAGAGACGUCAACGGCGUCGCGGCCAUGGCAGCCACAAGGUCUGCCCACCAGCUGUCGCCGGGUGCGAGCCCUGUCUACGCCGGACGCUUCUCCAUUGCAAGCCCACUUCACGAAGUUUCCAAAGAUACUAUCGCAGAUUUCAUCCCAAAGAAGAGCCUACGGAGAGGCGUAGCCAACGAAAGUCCCAGGAACUGGAUGGACCCUAAGCUUAUGCUGAGCACUUCUCCCGAGGCAAAUUACAACCCAAAGAUCUCCGGGAUCCCCUGUGUGGCAGCGGCUUCUCGCUACACGGCGCCAGUACAUAUCGACGUCGGCGGCACCAUCUACACCUCGUCCCUGGAAACACUCACAAAGUAUGUGUGCGUACAUCCCGAAUCCCGACUGGCCCGUAUGUUCAACGGAAGCAUUCCUAUCGUGCUGGAUAGUCUUAAGCAGCAUUACUUCAUCGAUCGGGACGGCAAGAUGUUCCGGCACGUUCUCAACUUCCUUCGGACAAACACGGUGGCCAUUCCAGAAAACUUUCCCGAGCUUGACCUAUUAUAUGAAGAAGCUCGUUACUACGAUAUCCCGGCGUUAACGAGGCAACUGGAAGCGCUAAAGGAAGAAGCGAAACAAAGGAAACGCAGUGCAAGCAGUAGCAGCAACACCACGGGGCCGGUCAUCGCGAGCACUACUUCCCAGCUAAGUCCUGGCAUGUCAAAGUCGAGGAAACUUGAAGCCAACCACUGUGACGGCGUCGUGUCCCCAUCGGACGCUGAGCGCUUCCAAGAUGUUUCCUAUCAGUGUUUAGCCCUUAAUAUCAGCCCAGAUAUGGGCGAGCGUAUCGUGAUCAGUGGCGAGCGCUCCCUAGUCGAGCAAGUGUUCCCAGAAAUCUCCCAAGCGCUCAUGGACGCUCGCAGUGGUGUAGCGUGGAACCAGGACACUAAACACGUCAUACGGUUUCCCUUGAACGGAUACUGUAAGCUCAACUCCUUACAGACAAUAACGCGCCUGCUGAACGCUGGCUUUCGCGUGAUGGCGUCCAAUGGUGGUGGAGUCGAGGGGCAGCAGUUCAGCGAGUACCUCUUCUUGCGCAGGAACCUGCCUUUAUAAUUCAAACUAUGCGCUGUUAGGAACUGUGACGUCGGUGAACAAUGGGCGGUGUGUGUUUUUCUGGAUUUGCGACAGCUAUUGAACGCCGUUGUUAACCUGAGCUCGAAUCGACAUUGCUCGAAGACAUUGUGUUAAGAAUGUGUGCCGCCCUCUCUGGUCGGCAGACUGCCCUUUUUCAAACUACACGUCACGUCGUGUCUGCUAUGUAAACAUACGUUGCAUCCGGCGCUUUUCACUGUGUUGCACAACGGGAUGGCGAGGGGUUGCUUGGACAGCAUUAUUUUCCUUUGGCCUCACUACUGUUAUGGCUGUGCGCCCGUUCAUCGACAUGGGCUUUGUAUACCGUUACGCUUGAUGAACUGCCGCUGCGCAUAUCUGCUGCUGCUGUGCUGCGCCAUGCGACGCUGAAAUAAAGAUCUCAGAAUACAUUCCACACCGCGUGGAAUGUCUUCCUUCUCAAUCA